UCCAUAAUCAUUUUGGCAUGAAAACAAGAACCGAGAGACUAAUCCCGAGGGAAAAAACUGCAAAUCGUCAACCACUUCCAGUCUUUCUCGUUCGUCGUUCUUUCUUUCUUACUACUAUAUGAUUCCCAAAAGAACCCAUUUUUCUUUUAAUUUAUCAAUUUUGGAACAACAAUCCUUUAUCCUUUCAUAUUUACUCUUGAUUUUGUUGGAGAUCACCCAAAUCACUUCCCCUUUUCAUCCAUUUCCCCAUCUUUCUGAACUCAGAUCAAUCAUAUUAAUCCAUUUUAAUUUCUUUACCCUUUUUAAUCACUCUCUUUCAAAUAAAUAAGACAAUUUUCUCCGAUUUUAAGCAAUUUUAUCUUGUUGGUCGUUAGAUUUUGACAAUUUUAAGUCAAAAUUCGAGUUGGGUUAUUAGAAAUUUAGAACCUUUUCUUGUCUUUAUUAAAAAGAGAAGAGAAGGAUGGAUACUAGCAGAAGAGCUGUGGAAUCAUACUGGAGAUCUCGGAUGAUAGAUGCAGCCACUUCUGAUGAAGAUAAGGUUAGCCCUGUUUACAAAUUGGAAGAACUUUGUGAGCUUUUUAGAUCUUCUCCUUCUGGUAUAGUCAAGGAAGUUUCUGAAUUUUUGUUAAAAAGGCUUGAUCAUAAGAGCCCUAUUGUCAAACAGAAGGCUUUGAGGGUCAUCAAGUAUUCCGUUGGGAAGUCAGGUCCAGAGUUCAGGAGAGAAAUGCAAAGGCAUUCAGUGGUUGUGAAGCAGCUACUUCAUUAUAAGGGGCAACUUGAUCCUCUAAAGGGGGAUGCUUUGAACAAAGCGGUCAGGGAAACAGCUCAAGACGCUCUUUCAGCUAUAUUUUCGACUGAUGACAACAAACCUGCUGCAACCGAGACAGCCCACAAGAGGAUGGAAGGUUUUGGGAAUACAAAUUUUGUGAGGCCAUCAGAUGAGAAAAAGUCAUUUCUUAGCGAGGUAGUCGAUAUUGGAAGUGCCUCCAUAAAACAAGGUUUGAGUAACUUGGCUCAAGCGCAUUCACAUUCGUUCAAUAAAAAUGAUACUGGAAGUUAUAGGGGUCCUACGCUGAAUAGGUCAUUGACAAAUGACUCGGAUAAGUAUGAUAAAAUGGGUUAUCAUGGUGGUAGUCAAGGUAGCUCAUCGAGUUCACGGAAUAUGACGUCUGGACCUUGGGGACAAGAUUCAAGCACAGUUACUGCUAAUACUAAUUCAAGUAACACUGAGAGUAAGACACGGGAGGAGAGGCUUCUAGAGACAAUUGUGACUUCUGGCGGUGUACGGCUGCAGCCUACACGUGAUGCUCUACAAGCUUUCUUGAUGGAGGCUUCUAAGAUGGAUGCAUUGGCUUUAAGUCAAGCACUUGAACUAAAACUUCAAUCUCCUCAUUGGCAGGUUCGAGUUAAAGCAAUUUGUGUCCUUGAAGCAAUCUUGAGAAAAAAAGAUGAUGAUCAUUUUUCCAGUAUGGCUUCAUACUUGGUUGACCGCAUAGAUCUAGUGAUCAAAUGUUCCGAGUCUCCACAGUCUUCAUUGAGAGAGAAGGCAAACAAAGUCUUGAGUCUCUUGGGUAAAGAUCAAACUAGAAAUACGUCAGAAAAGGAUACAAAAAUCGAGAGAUCUGUAGUUGAGAUGCCUAACCUGAUAGAUACAGGAGAUAAUGAUUUGCUUGGACAUGAUUUCAAAGACAACCUAAAUGACCAACCUUCUGCAAGCAAGCCAUUGUCAUCCUCUGUCUUAAUUGUUGAUUUAUUGGGGGAUGGUGCAAGCAGUGAUCUGAGUAAGACCAAACAAAGAACUGAUGAUGACCCAUUUGCUGACGUCUCUUUCCAUACGGGCGAGGACAAAGACCAGGAAAAUGAUCUCUUUUCUGGUAUGAUUGUUGGAGAAAACUCCAACACUGUUGAAGCGCCUAAGAGCAAUGCUCUAGACCCAUUUGAUAUUUUCGGAUCCUCAGAACUGGUGCAGACGCAAACGAAUCACACAAAUGAUGUUAACAAUCUGAUGGCGGGUUUAUCCGUCAGUGGAAAUGGCUCAUUGGCAAAUGAGAAAACAAACAACUCUGCCGCCUUUUCUGAAUCAAUACUCUCGGGUACAAAUUCGAAUUCUAUUUCUCAAGGGUUAAAUGGUGCUCUGAGCAAUGGAUUUGAUCCUCAUAAAUCCAACCCUACUGCAAAUAAUGUUUUUUCUAUGGGUUCUAUUCCAUCCAGUAUACCUCCUGGAAUGUUGUAUAAUCAGUUUUACCCUGCUGUUACCGCUAAUGCAAAUGCCAUGUUUCCUAUGGGUGGGUUGCUUGCUCAGCAGCAGUUUAUGGCAGCUAUGGCUAAUUUCCAGUCAUUAGGAAACUCGAGUUCCCGUAAUGUUGCUGGUGGUGAAGUUGCUGCAAAUUUCGGGGGAAGUGCUUCCCCUUUUCCAGAUAUAUUUAAUGCGAACAUACCUUCACAUACAUCAACAGUCACCAUGAACGCUCCGAAGGAAGAUACAAAGGCAUUUGAUUUUAUCAUGGAUCAUAUGGCACAAGUGCGUGAUCCAAAGAGAUUGGUUUAGUUUUUUUGAUUCAGAGGGCGAAGCUUUUGCUAUCAAUGCAAUCCUAUAGCUUGUAGAUUGGAGCACCAAUAAAUUCUUUUCGCAAUGAAGUCGUAGUAUGGUAAACUCGUACUGGCACGAUAUUUCUGUGACAUGUAGUUAGAAGAACAUGUCUUGUAGACUUGUAGUUACUAACGAUGAACGCGUUUUGUGUAGUUAGCAAUUUUUCUUGAUUGAUGGAACUUUUUUGGUGGUAGCUUAAAAGAUGUAUUUUGGUCUGGAAUGAGGGUCAUAUGUGAUAUGUGAGAAUUCUUUCAGGGCCAUGCUUCGAGUAAAUGUCUGUUACUAAAGGCGAAUAAAAAUUAAUUUUAUUUUCUUUCCUCUUAAGCA